AUGUCGCUCUACCACGUUAUAGAGCACACCAUCGAUGCCUCCCACAUUCGCGAAUUCGCCCGCGCCACGAGUAAUUCGCAGGCAGAAACGCUGCGUCUAGCUGUCAAGCAGUACGUGCCCAAGGACAACCCCCAUCCCCGGAAGGGUGACCUCACCAUCAUCGCUGCCCACGCCAACGGCUUCGUCAAGGUCCGCUUCUCAUUUCUGUCCCCGUGGUCCUCCUCGUCACCGUCAUCUUCAUCCUUCUCGUCUCGUCCUCUUCACCUUCCGUUCCCUCCACCACCAUUCUUCCUUUUCUUCCUCCACCUCCCCUCCUGGUUCGAUCUCUCGCGCGACAUCAUACACAUGAUCAACCUGUUCCGGCCACCACCUCCGCUCCUCGCCGUCGGUCAUUCCUUCGGCGCCUGCGCCCUGACCCACGCCUCCUUCCUACACCCGCGACUCUUCGCAGGCCUCGUUCUGCUCGAACCCGUCAUCGGCUACUUCGACUCGAAGCCCUCCCACAUCGUGAAGGGACCCGCCGGCCGGAGCAUUCGCCGUCGAGAUCGCUGGCCCUCGCGCCGCGCCGCCGCCGACUCGUUCCAGCGAAGCCCCUUCUACCAGUCGUGGGAUCCCCGCGUCCUCGACAGGUGGAUCGAGCACGGCCUCUGCCCCGUCCCCGGCACCGAGGCCGACGUCAUGCUCACCACUUCCAAGCACCAGGAGGUCUUUACCUAUCUGCGCCCCAGCUGGGACGCGUACGAUGUCGACGGAAACCGCAUCAUCCACCCGGAAAAGGUUCCCGACCUCGACACCACCCUCCACCCCAACGUCCGUACCUUUCCAUUCUACCGCGCCGAGAGCGCCCUCACAUUUGCCCACCUAGCCGAAUUGCGAUCCGCCGUCCUGUACAUUAUCGGGGGCAAGAGCGAAACGUCGCCGCCUGAUCUCUGCGACGAGAGAACGGCGGCGACGGGGACGAGAGGUGGCGCCAGCGUUAAAUCCGUCACCAAUCCCCACUACGGCCACUUGCUGCCGAUGGAAGACCCGGGCUACUGCGCCGCGGAGGCGGCCGAGUUCGCCGCCCAAAUCAUACGCCGCUGGUCGGCCGAUGAGGACGAGUUCGAGCAGUGGACGAGAUUGAAGCCACUCGAAAAGACGACAGUGGGCGAUGACUUUUUGAAGCACUUGGACUUGAAGCCAAAGAUAUAG